CCUAGCAGUCAUUUAAUCACAUGGAACAAUGGCAGGGUCCCAGGAACAGAAUGGCAAAAGGGUAAUAGCAGGACUAAAACACUCAGGCAUUCAUUACAACACUCAUUAUCGAAGCUAUUUCCCAUCUGGAACAAAGGCCUAAAAUCCCCUGUUACCAACUUCAGGGACAAUGUAGUCAUCGGCAGUUUAAGGCAGGACACCCAUGCAGUAGCUCCUGAGGUGUUUUGGAGCAUUACACUAGUAUAAAGGCCAGAAGUCAGCACAAUAAUUUCAUUUUAAAAUGUUUCAGGCCAUCUUCUAUUUCACUUUAAGCAUUACAGAUGGAUAAAGGAUAGACCCCAGUGGCAAACAAUUAAAUCUCUUUCUUUUACAGAGUCACUCCCUCCUUCGCUCCCUUCCUCUCCUUUUCACUUCAAACAAAUUAGAGGCAAAUCCACUUGGUCAUGUGUUUUGACAGGAAGACUCAUUCAAAUAGUCAACGUGAGGGAGAGAUACUGCUGCAGGGACGCAUACGAUAAGAUCAACACAAGUAUUCCCCCCUUUCAGUUUUCAAGGAUUAUCUGCUUUCCUGACAUCUCUCCAUUAGUGACCAUACCUAACAACCAUCGCCAUGGGUGAAAUGGAGCAAUUGCGAAAGGAGGCGGACAGUCUCAAAGACCAGAUCACUGCAGCUCGUAAGGCGGUGCAGGACACCUCACUGCAGGAGGCAGCAGGUGGGAUCACCGUGGUGGGGCGUGUCCAGAUGAAGACCAGGAAAACGCUAAGGGGUCACCUUGCCAAGAUCUACGCCAUGCACUGGUCUACUGACUCCAAGCUCUGUGUCAGUGCCUCACAAGAUGGAAAACUCAUAGUGUGGGACAGUAUCACAACCAACAAGGUGAAUGCCAUCCCACUCAAGUCAUCGUGGGUGAUGACUUGCGCCUAUGCACCUUCGGGAAACCUAGUGGCUUGUGGCGGUCUGGACAACAUGUGCUCCAUCUACAAUCUCAAGGGCAAGGAUGGGAAUGUCAAGGUCAUGCGUGAGCUGGCAGCACACACAGGAUACCUGUCCUGCUGUCGUUUCCUUAGUGACACCGAGAUCAUCACCAGCUCCGGCGACUGCACUUGCGUACUAUGGGACAUUGAGACAGGAACCCAGAAGACCAUCUUUGCAGGACACCAGGGAGACUGCAUGUCUCUGGCCGUGUCCCCAGACUUCAAUUUUUUCAUCUCAGGGGCGUGUGACUUCACGGCCAAGCUGUGGGACAUCAGGGAGGGCGCAUGCAGACAGACCUUUGGAGGGCAUGAGAGCGACAUCAAUGCAAUUGGGUUCUUCCCCAAUGGUAACGCAGUGAUAACCGGGUCAGAUGAUGCUACUUGUAAGUUGUACGACCUGCGAGCUGACCAGGAGCUCAUCACCUACCAGGACUCCAGCAUCAUGUGCGGGGUGACCUCCCUGGCACCCUCCCUGUCUGGACGCCUGUUACUGGCUGGCUAUGAUGACUUCAAUGUCAACAUCUGGGACGCGCUCAAAUCUGAGAGAGUGGGAGUGCUGGCUGGUCAUGACAACAGAGUGAGCUGUAUCGGCGUAUCCACAGAUGGCAUGGCGUGUUGCACAGGAUCCUGGGACAGCUUCCUCAAGAUAUGGAACUGAGGCUGUUCCUCACCAGUGAGCAGAAAGGGAGCAGUUAACAUCUGCCGGGGAGAAAGUGAAGAAGAUAAAAAAGAAAUUGGAGUUUGAGGGAGGGAUGAGGGACGAGGAGCCACAUAGGGUGAGAAGAGGGUAUUUUAAUUGUGCCAAGUCUUAUCUGAUGUUGGAGAGGAGUUGUAGUGUGAAGAUUCUCUCCUCUCUCUGUCACAUUGCGCUCUCAGCUUUCUUCUCACGUUAUGGGGGAAUUUGGGGUGGGACACUGGGUGGGUGGGUCUCAGAAAAGACCAUUCCUCUUAAUAGUGAAUUAUAUUGCGGUUCAAAUCAGUAACAUGCACAUUUAUCGCAGCAAUUCAAAGAUCACCCAAUGAGAACAGUUGCCAAAUGGAAAUGGUAGCACACUGGAUGAGAUAGAAUUGAAUAUGUGUCAAGUUACGGUCUGUGUAGGUUCACACUAGCUCUACUAAUAUGCUGUGUUUUAUAUCAAAGCAUAAGUUAUGUCAUAUGAAUAAUACGAGCAUUUGCAUUUUUGUUUCAGACUGUUGUUUGUUUUUAGUUUUGUAGAUUCCCUAGAUGCUUACAGUUACAUUCUUUUCAUUUUCUAAUUUUAAUUAUAAUGGAGUUAUAGUUUGCAGAUGUCUACAUUAGUGUUUGAGUUUUUUUUGUAUGUGAUUGAUGGACAAUAUUUACCAGGAUUUGGGGUCUCAUCAUUUGCACUAACCCCCAGGUUAGACCUGAAAAGUGCUUUGGGUAAAUUGUUGAACUGACAGAUGGGAUAAUAAAAUGGUUUUUAUGGUUCAUUAAGCACUAACAAAAAAGAUGACCCAUUUGUCUCAGGACAGGACUCUUUGUAUGAGUGUUUUUUUUUUUUUCCUUGGAUAACUGCUAUUGUGUGCAUAUGAGCAAUACAUCUGAAUCUGUAUAUAAGAGCUUACCAUUUCCUCUGCAUGAUAACAGAUAAACUUGAAGUAAAGUUUGUGUAAAUACAAAAACAGAAAGAAAAAAAACAACAAUCUCCAAGCUCUGACUAGAAUUUGGACAACCUCUUUUCCAGCACUUGGAUACACACUGUGCAAAGUAAAGCAAUACUACCUUUCUUAAAGACUGUCUAAUAAACGUGGG